GGGAGAUUAGGAACCACUGACAUAAAUGUUCUGACAGGAGACCAACUUCAACACUUUUUAAGGUACUGUCCCAUGCUCCCUGUGUCAUAAAUCAUUGUCUCAGGUAUGAUAUUUUGGGUAAAAGUUCAUUGUGUUCUUUCCUCUAAAGAGUGUUUGGCAGAACAAAAGCUGUAGAUAUAAAUCCCAGCAUAUAUGGCAGGUUAGAGGUUUGCCUGUCAUUCAUCAUAAGGUCUAGAGCUACCUCCUGAGGGAGAAGUGGACAGGUUCAGACAAAACCAUGGCCAAAUAAUGCUAACUUGCUCUCUGUGUUUGCAUGUCUGUAGAAUCCCCUUAAAUCUACAUCAGGAAUCACUUGCCUUUGGGGUCUGAACCCUGAUCAGAAUAUUUUCCAUCAGUUAAGACAUCAAUAGUUCUCCUACAACUAAAAUCAGGCUUGUAGUUAAAGCAGACCACUGAGCAGCUGAUGGUGCAAAGAGAAAUUUGCUUCAACCCAAAAGGAGGACAGAGGCCUUCCUUAAAUCAGGGACUUCCUCUCAGCACUAUGCUAACAGGGGCUUCUUACAGAGGUCCCAUUGUGUAUAAGGUCCCCGUGGAUCCCCCUCAUACAUGAAAGCAACACAUGCCAGAGUUUCACCUGAGGAAAACACAGGGAAAUAUUUCAAUCUGACUGAGCCAACUUCUUAGAAAACUAAUCCAUAUUCUUAAAAGGGAUAACCGGAUAUUUUGCCAGUGGUAGGCCUUUACUCUGUUUCUUUGUGUCUGAUGUGUGCGUGUUUGUGUGUGUGUGUACAGUGUGUGUAUAGUGUGUGUGUAAUGUUUGAGAGGGUUGUGCAUGUCGUUGUACAGUGUGGGGUGGGUGCACUCUGAGUGACCAAAAGCAAUCUGCUCUGGUCCAAUCAGUCUCAGUGCCUACCUUCACACAUAAGCGGCAGGGCACUCAGGUCUGCCAGAGCGCACAGACCUAUACAUACACACACGUCUACACACUUGUCAAAUUCACACACACACACCUUUCACACACUUCACACACGCACCCUCCCUCUUCAAGGCACCCUGUGCGACCUCUCACCAUUGGCCAAGUCCCGGAGCCCUCAGCAUCUCCAUCACGGCUGACGGGACCAUUCGGGAAAGCAGGAGACAGAGGUGGACUAUGAGGAUGCUUGUGCGGCUUCUGUUCGGACUCUUCGUCCUCAAAGCGGCGGUGGCCAGCCCCAGAUUUUCCCGGCAAGCGCACUUAGACACAUACAGUAGCACUAACUAUGAUGACAAUUUCAAUUUGGAGAGCGACUACGAGGAUGUCCUGACGAUUGGUGAGCCUCAGAUAGAGAUUGGAACACUGCCCCCACCUGAAUAUGAGGGCUCACUGGAAACACAGAACGAAGUGGAGCAGCCGAAGGAAGAAGAAGAGUUGCCUCUAAAACCCCAGCUAGUCCCUCAGGGUUCGGGAGGAUCUGGGGUUCUCAUGGGCCCAGACACACAGAAAGAGGUGGAGCUUCGUCUGACACCCACUGAUAGACCUCGUGUCAUUCAGGAUUUCUGGAUCUCUGUAGAGUCCGGGGCUUCUGGAGCUUCUGGGGCCUCUGGGGCCUUUGGAGCUUCUGGAACUUCUGGGGCCUCUGGGGCUUUUGGGGCUUCCGGAGCUUUAGGGUCUGGAGGCUCAGGAGAGAUUCUGGUCUCUAGCACCUCUGGAGACUCUGGAGGCUCUGGAGGCUCUGGAGACAUUGUGCUGAUCUCCGGAACCUCAAAGGAGCUCCACAUCUCAGGAGAAUCCAGCCAGUCAUUGAUAUCUGACAGUCUCUUGAUAUCUGGGGAUCUCUUGGGAUCCGGAGAUUUUAUGGGAUCUGCUAUUUCUGGAACCUCGGCCGAUUUUGCCUCUGGAGGUUCUGGGAUUUCCACUGAACUCCAUUUGGGUUCUGGAGGGUCAGGAGACCAGUCUGGCUUUGAGGUAUCCGGAGAUCUUUUGAGCUCAGGGGCUUCUGGAAUAUCUGGGGUUUCUGGGGACUUUGAAUCUGGGGACCAAAGGAUAACAUUUAUAUCUGGAGAGGAGGAGCUGCCAAUCACUCCAGACAUUAUUGCCCAGGAAACACUAGGUACUUCUGGGGAGUUCUCAGGAAUCCCAGAGGUUUCGGGAGAUGAUGGAGUCUCUGAAGAAGACUCCGGACUCUCUGGGAUUUCUAGUGUCUCUGCAUCUGGAGAACCUGAGGUCCCUGUAACUCUGCUCCCCACCACUUUUGAAGAGGAGAGGCGGCUUCCACCUACAACACAAAGCCCUCAAGAGGGUGCUGGCACUGUAGAAGGGUCAGUGAGCUCUGAGCUGCCAGAGCCCAGUGAGCCUGAUGAGCCAGACAAGCCUGAAGAGCCUGUGGUUGACAGACGAGAUAUGCCCAUUUGCUUGCUGUGCACGUGCCUUGGUGGUUCAGUCUACUGCGAUGACUUGAAUCUGGAUAGUGUGCCCCCUCUCCCCAAAGACACCACUCACUUCUAUGCUCGCUACAACAGAAUCAAAAAGAUCAACAAGUCUGACUUUGCCUCCAUGAACAAACUGAAGAGGAUUGACCUGACCCACAACGAGAUAACAUCCAUUGAGGACAGAGCUUUUAUGGGUCUGCCUGAACUGGAGGAGGUGGUGAUUCGAGAAAAUCACAUCUCCCAGCUGCCAUCUUUCCCAGAGACUAUGACCCUGAUUGAUGCCAGCCACAAUAACAUUGGCUCAAAGGGUAUUCAUAGAGAGGCAUUCAAAGAUAUGACUGGCCUGCUGUACCUGUACCUAACAGACAACCACAUUGAUUAUAUCCCAGUGCCUCUACCAGACAGCCUGCGGUCUCUGCACCUACAGCGUAACAAUAUUCAAAUGAUGCACGAGGACACGUUCUGCAACCUCCAAGAUUUCAGCUACAUCAGAAGAGCACUGGAGGACAUCCGCCUGGACGGCAACCCCAUCAACCUCAGCAGAACCCCACAGGCAUACAUCUGCCUGCCCCGUAUACCCAUCGGGGAUCUCAUUUAACCACACAAACACAUGCACACAUAUUUGUACAUAUUAACAGCCCACAUACGAUUCAUUCACUCGUCAAUCCAAAAUCUCAUUUACAACAGUGCCUUACCAAUAAACUGUCAUACAUGCUGCUGGAUAUAACACCAUUUAGAUUAAUUAUCAGCCUGAAAACACAGAAAUUAGUGAGUGUAAUUCUGCUGACCAAGCACAUAUUCACUGCUCUACUCCAUCUUCAUCCCGUUGUUCGGAUAUUUAUCCCAGGGCACACAACAGCACGCGUACACACCAAAAGAUAUGGAUACUCAUAUCCAUAUCCACACACACAGACAUUCACACAAGAACGUUGUCAGAAGCCAAACUGUCCCACAACUUUAUUAAAAGUGAACAACAGGCAGUAUUUACAGAAAAACAAAUCUAUUAAAAGCCCUCAAAUGUCAUGUAUGUGUUUGUUUUCACAAUUGGCAGAAAAAUGACAACAGUCUUUAAAUGUAUUUGUUUUGUAAAAAAAUAUAAUGUUAUUAAUAAUAAAUCUAAUAACUUUCGGCAAUGUAUGCUAGAAUAUAGUUAUCAAAGCUGGAGCUUGAUAAAAAGUCAAUUGAGUAUCUAAUGCAAUAAAAUGUGCAUUUUAAACACACUCAGUGGUUGUAAAGUCUGUAUUGUAAUAUAAAAAAAUAUAUAUUCUGAUCAUGAAAAGGGUGGGUUUUUUUUAAGUGAACUGCAAUUUUCAGUAUAUUACACUACAAAAAAGUGAUGUUUUAACCAUGCACAAUAGCCGAUACCAACGACUCUGAUGUGUAGAGUCAGUCAACAAAACACUAUUGUUUAAUAUGGGGACGGGAAGCUGUUGAUUUUGAUUGUGGAUGGGGUAAAGAAAAAUGCUAACAGGUUGCUAUUGUGUGCUCUGUAUGGAAUAACCACAAGUGAAUAAAGUCAUUUUGAAGACCUCUCCAAACUAGGAGUGGCUCAACGUUUUUAUUGAUAACUAGUAGGUGAAUUAUUAAUGUGGAUCUUUAGUUUAAUGAGGGCAAAUGAGAACUGGGAACUGCUCAGAAAUGUGCCAACAAAAAAACAACAAAAAAGGGGGAAUUUUUGCAGAUAAAGCUGGUGUAUGCAAGGAUUUUAGAGCUGAGAUUUUCUCAAAAAUUGUCAAUAA